UCUACUACACUACACUGUACACCAACAGAAGAGAUUACUUUGAAGUUGCAGAAGGAACAUUAUUUCAGUGUCUGCCUGUUUCUCUUUCUCUGUGGAUGACAGGUAGCAGCUGCCGUGCUUACAAUCAGCGGCGCACUUACUUAGUCGGGACACUCAGUAUCUCUGAAACUUCCAUCGCUACAGGACCGGGAUUCGCAAAUUAUUGUGUAAUUUAGAUUAAGGCUGGAGUCACUCUCUCUCUCUUACUCUGUGAGGACAGAGCUGUAAUUAACUCGCAUUGAAGGAAUCUGUGGGGUGAAUGGCUCCGUCUUGGAACGUCUUAUCUUGUUCAGAGAGUGUUGUGUUCUAAACGCAGGGAAAUGGACAGACUGAUCGAACUCAUCUGGAUCUUGGAGUAUAAAACGUACUCUCAUGAGAUUUUAAAAUAUUUCAGUACUGCGUAAAUAACGUUCCAUUUACUCAACACACUGCAGGAGAUUUCUAGACAAUUUAUGUUGAUUUACAAAUUAUUAAGCUGUGGGCUGAUUGUUUAUUGCCAUAAGAGUUGCUGGAUUUCUAGGGCAGAUUCUCUCUCUGAAAGUCUGGCAGGUCUCCUUCAGCAUACCUGGCAGUCUGGCUGUGUGUGAAGGAGGUAGAAUCAUCUGGAGGAAACAACUCUACACUACUAACAGACGUUGUGUUUCAUACCCUUACUAAAAAAAGCUCUGUAUCUGCCCUAACACCUAGGCUUUGAUAAGUCACUCUGAACACCUGAAGUAAAGACUAUGGGGACUCUGGGCAUCUUCCUCCACCAGCGGAACCUCUGGACGUGUGACAAUGGUCUUCAGCAGAUGCACAAACUCAGCAGCCUGGUAGUCCUAAAGGCUAACGCCGCUACUUUCUGACUGCUUUAUUACUGGACUGAAGGGAGAGUUGAUACACCUCUCUCCUCUACUCUGCCUCGCCUGAGCGGAAGACGGAGGAGUAUUGGCCAUUAUUGAUCCCAUGCAGUUCUCACCUGGAAGUCAAGAGAAAAGUUAGACACACAGACGAGUCUGGAUAAGCCGGGCAAACGAGUGUCAAUGCUCAUUCUAAAAUGAAGUUAUGGAAGUGUGCCACCAUCGCCUUGACUCUUUGUGGUACAGCACUGUCCUUCUUCCUCACUAGAAUCAUGGUUCCCACGCCGCCGCAUCACUUCCUCUCCUGGGACUGGUCUUCGCCGCGGACAUCAGACUCCGCCUCCGCCUCAGCCUCCACCUCCUCCUCCAACUCUUCUUCCUCCCUGAUUGGACCUCAUCGCAAAGCACGGUCGACAGAUGGCAUCAGCAACAUUUUGACAGAAUUCAUGCACAUGUUCCAGAGCUUUACAGAGGGGGAGCUGAAGAAGGUGAUCGGGACUCUGGUGGAGAAGAAGGCACAGCAGGAGGCCAGGCAGGAGGCUCGGCAGAGCAAAAGGACUAAACGAGCUAAGAAAGCAUCGAAGCCAUGUUCCCUGCGGGAGGUGGAAGUGACUGUCAGUGAGCUGGGUCUGGGCUACUACAGCGACGAAACGCUGCUCUUCAGGUACUGCAGCGGGAACUGUAAUGCUAGCCGCCGCAACUACGACCUCAUACUGGAAAAAUGGACGAGGAAAGGCAUCUCAAAGAGGGAGAGGAGCCCCUGUUGCCGGCCCAAGGAGUACGAUGACAUUUCCUUCUUGGACAACAGUAACAGAUACCAGACGCUCCACGAGUUUUCUGCUCUAGCGUGCGGUUGUGUAUAACACCUAGAUGGUGACCAUUUUGGCUUUCCAGAUACUGUAUCGAACAUGGGAAACUACUGCUACAAAAAAAAAACAGGAGUACACAAGAAUAGAUCCCUACAGUAUGACGCCAGGGAAUAAGGACAUUUGAAACUACCAUCUAUUCUACCAUCUGUUCAUUCAUUUUGUUUGUUUAGCUUUCUUUGCCUUUCAUAGGAUAUUUCUCUGUUGGUUUAUACAUUGUAUGUCCUAGGAUUAUACAUUUGUCAUCAUGGGGCAAUCACAGUUAAAGUAACGAUUUGUUGCUUGAUUGUGGACUAUGUAGCAAUGCCUCCAUUACCAAUACAGAAGACCAGCUAAGGUAUAACUAGCACAUUGUACACUGCAAGUCUGUUCUUAUACUACACUUGUAAGAGGCCUAGUUUAUUUUUUCAGGAAUUAGUGUGUAGAAGUGUGUACAUGGAAAAUAGUAGAAUAAUAUAGGGAAUGACGAGGACGACAUGUACAGUAUACAAAAGGAUGAAACCAACAUGAAGCUACCACAGUGUGCUUCUCCACAACUUCUUGAUCUGCACCAUUGAUAACGCAUGAGGUAUCACGAAGGCAAGUCCAAUGGAGCAGCAACAGCAGUACUAGGAAAGACUAGAGGCUUGAAGAAACAUGUAUCGCAGGCUUCACUUCAUAUUAUGUGUAUAGGCACUCCUUCAUAUCACAGGUAAUGAACUGAAUCAUGACAUUUCUAGCCUUCAUCAGGAACUUUGAAAAUCUACCUCAUUUAUGUUGAACAAUAAUGGACAACAUCCGAUGUAAAAACACACGAACAUGUUCUUCAACAGCUUCCUCUGUAUUCAUCACUAGGACCAGACCAAAAGGAGAUAUUUUAGUAAUGAAUAAUGGCCUAUAUUGGCAUAUGAAGCUGUAGGGUAAAACAACAAAAAAAGAGCUAGCCCACAGCAUGUUCUAUGCUAAAUAGAGACGGUAUGGGUGAUUUAGGCUUAAUGACAACAGCUUGUUCAUCAAAUGGAAUGGCUAUAGCUGUAUAAAUAAGCCAGUUCACAGAAAUAACAAUCCAGCAGAAAAACAAUGUGCUAUCACAAAUCCCUAUCCUUCUACAGCAAGAUCACUAUGAGCUCAUGAAAUACAACUUCAUUGGUAAUACAGCAAUGCAGUCUGGUUUGAUCAUCAAGACAGAGUGGUGCAUUAAAUGGGUGACUGCUGCAUUGUAAAUGUGACUGCGAGGGAUUGUGCUUUAGUUUUUACCAUGAAUUAGCCUCUGCAAAUCCAUACCAUUUGCGCAAAACCCGCAAUAGACUACCUUAAUCCACUUACCUCCUUUAUAACUGACUUGGCCAAAAGCACUGAGAAAGAGAGAGAUAUACAAGCCACCAUGCAGCAUUACUAUUUUUUUGUCACUAGAACACUGGAGAUGUAAAGGAGUAGCCAUUGGUUUUAACCACACAUGUAAUAUAAAUGUUACCAGAACAGGUUUGAGCAGCAAUACGUGUUAAUAUGUGUUGCAUCAAACAGAGUUAUUUUCUGAAAACCAAAUGGAAAUCAUUCAUUAGAUUAAUUGUGGCCAAAUAUAUUUAUAAUAAGAUUAAAAUAACACACCUUCGAAAAGUUCAAGAGCAAUUCCAAAAAAUGUACUCGAAUGACAUGAGUUCAGAAAAUAUCUCUCAAUCUUGAAAACUGUUAACAAAUAAUUAUAGACUGAGUGCUGUGUCGAAAUUAUAGAUUUUACCUGAGCAUCUACAGUGUAGUGUGAGGUACAGAUAGGUUUAAAUGGAAUAGUCUGAAGCCAGUGGGAGUAUCUCUUCAAGAGCCACUGAACAUGCUGAUUGGCAAGUGUGUUUUUCUGUUGCUCAAUGAGAUUUCAGUCUGUUUUCUCGGUGCUCAGUGGUGAAUCGGUGUUUUCUGACCGAUUCUGCAUUUGUUUAAUGAUGUUUGUCCCCUAUGAGAGACUGUAGAUAGGAAUGCCUAUUUUACUUCUUCAAAUCCCCAGAAUGUAUCUAAGAUAACUCAAGGAAUCUGUAAUUAAUUUUGACGUUUUUGUCGAGGAUAUUUUAGUUGUGCAAUUUAACUAAGUGUGUUUGGUGCAGUAUUUCUCAAGUUAAAAAGAUGUGUGACGUGUUGUCUUAUGUAAACACAGUCGGAGCUGCUGGGCAGGUCUGUCUCACUCUCUAUUAUAUUGGAUAGAGAGCAAUCACCACAGCUGUUCACCCCAUGUUAGUGGGCAAAUGGACAUCGUCAAAUCAAAAUUCAACCUUCAUUUACCUGUUUUAGACGAGACUGACUUCAUGACCAAAAUGACCCUAUUUACACUUUGUAGUCAAUUUUGGCAGUAGAAUAACUGUUGCUGACUCAUAUCGAUGCAACAUAGGCCAUUUUAAAAGGGAUUUAUUGCUUUUGAAAGGCAGUCGCUCUUUAAGUUAAGACCAAUCAAAUAAUUAGAGCAGACAGGUAAUUAAAGGCCCAUGCUGGCGUUAAGCCAAGAAAACAGGCCUCCCCAGCCAGGGACCAAAAUAGCCUCAAGACUAAAUGUGCUUAAAAACCAAAGGAUUCCACACUCUCUGAACAAUCAGUACACAGACAGUCACUAUGCAGGUGAGCUGUAGCUGCUGCUAGUGAGAGGAUAAUUAUGCCUAGAGCUCUUCAAGCUUGAGGUGACAUGAUGCUAUAUAGUGAGAACCAUUACUAGGUUUGUGCACUAAAAUGAGCAGGCUUUUAAUGCCACCUUGCAUGUAUAGAAAUGAGCAUAUCUCUGGCAUGUUACAAAUGCUCUACAUUGUUGAGGACAUCUCAAUCAAAUAAUGCAUUUUUUAAGGACUAAUAAGAUAUGCAAUUUAGUUUUGCCUGUUCAAAUGGUUGACAAUUUAAGAGAAAAGAGCAACUAGAAAACAAAUUGUUGUCUUAAUGUUGAUGAUAUGUAUUUGUCAUUAUAUAUAUAUUUCAUAACCCCUAUAUUUGCCAUCACAAUUUACCAAGACUACGCAGCGUUAAAAUAUAUCUAUGGGUUGAAAUUCCCUAAGGAUUCAUUUGUUUCCUCUCUUGGCCUACCUAGAAUGCUCUCUCAAGAUAAGAAGAGAAUGUUUGCGAAAUGACAAACGACAACCUACAGCUCUGGCAUUGUUGGACUACGUUGACCAACUACAGUAAAGUUGAUGCAAUGCAUCUGUAUUAUAGAUCAUGUAUAUUUAUUGGAGCUUAAGUUAUGGUGUAUUUAUUUAGAUAGAAUCAUAAAAAAAGAGGAACAUGUUUAUUUAUUGAACUAUUGGUGCCAAUACUCUAAAUAUUCUAACUGUUGAAUAAACUUAAUCUGCUUAAAAAUA